AUAACCCUUCCUAUGGCAGACGCCAUCGGAAAAAAUGUGCCAUGGUGGCAGCCUCCCGCUCCGGUCACGAUAAAAUAAACGCUUAGCUGGCAGGCGACCGGAACGGUCAGUAAUUUGAUGCCGCUGUUUUCAUUCGAAAAGCGCACUUUAAAACACGUUCUGCAGUGUUCUAACGCAUACAACUGCUAGAACGUUAAACAAAGACAAAAUAUAGACGCUUUCUUAAGUAAACUUACAUAUGUUUUUAAGAAAAAAAAACCUCAUUGUUCCGGACUUGCUAACGCGGAGUAGUUGGAAGUGUUUGUGCGUCUAUUUUCAAGUGUUUUUAAGUGGUUGACGACAGUAUAACGAGAUAAAGUUUUGAAAAAGCGAUGGAAAGUGAGAGAAGUUUGCGGGUGAGGGGAGGCAGUGCAAGAGCAACAGGCGUGCGCACUCGCGGAGGUCGUUCGAGUCUUCCCACACGUGGUGGUUCACGAACAGGAAGGGUACGAGGUAGAGGAAGGGGGUGCCCGCGGUCUUCUGUUGAACAGAGGCCGUCGGCAAGUUGCGCAUUUAACCUUAUUGCAAUUGAGGAUUUGCCCGCUGGGGAACCGAUAGAGCAGGCAUUGACGGAGCGAAGUAAGCGUUCAUGGAACCCCCGAAAUUAUGAACCUGACGGAGAGGACAUUCCAGUAAUUUUGUCUUCACCUGCGAUUCCGCCAUCACCGGCAAUGUACGUUGAAUGUGGCGGCAGUGGUACGAGCACGCCAUCUUCUAGAUAUAAUAUACAGAUUUCUGUACAUGGCAGCCGUAGUCCUUCGCCGUCACAUAAACGUGUGCGUCGAUCGCUUUGCCCAGACCAAGAACAUGAUACUACGAACAGAGAUUCUAUUUCAUCGCUACGUCGACCGCUACGAGACUCUGAAAUUUGCUACUUGUUGCACUAUGGAAGUGACGACGAUGACAGCGAUGAUGAGAGCCAGAAUGAUAACGACGAAAUCGUUCCCAUGAUUAUCCCCCGGGCAGCUGGAAUACUGAUGGACACUCCGGACGACGAGGAGAUUGAGAUUGACACGGCGGCGGCAACUAAACCUCUUGUGACAUCUUCCGCGCCUUCCAUCAUUUCAGCACCUACAUCACCAGCGCGUGAUACCGGUAUGAAGCCUAGUCAUUUUUUUGAAUUUGACUGGGGAACUUUCCCUGACUCUCCUAUACCGCCAACAGAAAGGCGUGAAUCUUUUAAGGAACACUCUGGUCCCACUGUUGCUGUAAGUGACCCUUACGAGAUUUUUAGACUUAUUUGGGACCAGGAGUUCAUGGAAUUUAUUGUGCAGGAAACAAAUAGAUAUGCCCAACAAUUAGCUGCUGAAAUGUUGGACGGCGGGGAAUUACAGGCCUCCAGUAGGAUUACAGAAUGGAAAGAAACCAAUGUAGACGAGUUAUUGGUGUUCUUCGGAAUAUUACUGGCGAUGGGAAUCGUCAUAAAGAACCGGGUUGAAGAGUACUGGAAUACGGAACAAAACAUCUUCUCCACUCCAGGUUUCAAAGUAUAUAUGUCGCUUAGGAGGUUCCAGUUACUCAGCAGGUGCUUACAUUUUAAUAAUUCCGAGAACUUGAGAAACCUCAACCUGGAUCCCUCACAGGCAAAGCUUUUUAAAGUGGAGCCUGUGAUUAGCCAUUUGAAUUCCAAGUUCACGGAAUUAUAUAUAAUGAAGCAGAACAUUGCUUUAGAUGAAUCGCUGCUGCAGUGGAAAGGUUGGUUGAACAUCAACCAAUUUAUUCCAAACAAAGCUGCAGCAGUGGGCAUAAAAACUUACGAAAUAUGUGAGUCGCAGACGGGGUAUUUAUGGCGAUUUAAAAUCCAUGCCCAUAAGGCUUCGCCUACAGUCUCAGAGGCUGAUCCAUUCACAGCGAGUACACCGGCGUUGGUUCUUAACCUUAUCAAAGGUUUAGAACACAAAGGAUACACGUUGUGGAUGGAUAACUUCUACAAUUCCCCAGCACUUGCCCGAAAACUCAAAUCGAUUGGGUUUGAUUGUGUCGGUACGUUGCGGACAAACCGCAAGUAUGUCCCGACGGAACUGACCAAUCUGAAAAAAUCUCAGAUGAAGCCCGGGCAAGUAGUAGGCUAUACCAGUGGAGAUGUCGAUUGCAUAAUAUGGAGAGAUCAGAACCGCGUAGCGACGAUCUCAACGUACCAUGGCAAUGCCGUCUCCACUAAAAACGGAGUAACAAAACUUAUUUUGAUACGUGACUACAACAUCUGCAUGGGUGGCGUGGAUAAAAAAGAUCAGAUGUUGGCUGCAUUCCCAAUUGAACGCAAGAGGACACAAAUUUGGUACAAGAAAUUGUUUAAAAGGUUACUUAAUGUUUCUGUGUUGAAUGCCUAUAUCAUACAUAAACAGACCGCCACGGAGGUCUUGGACCACAGGGGCUUUAGAAAAAACCUGGUAGAAUCCCUUUUGCGUAGGCAUUCAAUAAAAAUGCAGCCAUAUGUCUUUUCUGCCAGGGUACAAGAUACCAUUUUCGAGGUGAGCCGCCAUCACCCCGCCGAAUAUCCGCGGCUAACUUCAUUAAACAGCACAAAUCGCCAUCGCCACCCAUGUAAAGUGUGCGGCAAGCGCACGGUAACGUAUUGCGUAGGUUGCGACAAACCUGUGUGCGUAUUCACAUGUUUUGUGAAACUUCACAAUUAAUAUAAUAAUAGGGUAAGGCCAAAUAAUUUUAUGUACCUAUGUUAAUUAUUAUUUCUUCUCAAUUGUAAGUAGCCUACAUGUUAACUUUUUUUAAGACUAUCAAAACAUUGUUGACAUAUUUCAAGAGUUUAUUUUGUGUCUGAUUUUUUGUCUUAAAAUUUUUCGUCUUAAGUUCUUAAGAGUAUUUUUUUGUCUGAUUGUAUGUACAUUUUUUGUAAGAGUAAAUUUGAUUUAGAGAGAGAAUUUGAAUUUGAUUUUUGAUUUAAUAAUCUGAAAAAAAAACUUUUUAUACAUUUUUUUUUCUAAGAACAAGUAAAUAAUAUUCUGAAACAACAGAAAUAAUAUAAAUACAGUAACUGACCGGACCCGGUCAUUCGCCAGACGGAGGGUAAAAAGUCGCAUCCACGUUAAGACAGUCGUUUUCGCGUGCCAUCUUAGUAAAUAAUUGUUGUUUUAUUUCAUCAUUUUCUAAUAAAUGUUGUAUGAAAACACCAUCUUUAUAUCUUACAAGCCUUUUGCAAAUUUAUUCAUGUUUUAGGAAAUACAUUAUUAACUCAUAAAAAUAAUUGAAUACUACAGUACAGAUCAUUGUUUGAAUAUACCUAUUUUUUCUUAGUUUACACAGGUUUUAUUUGAAUCUUAAUAUCUUUAUAAUCUUACAUAUUUCAGACGUAAAUAUUUAACACAAUUGAGAUUAUGAAUCAAACAUCAAUAUAAACAUACAUUUCAAUCUCACUUGAUCAAUAUAUUUCUCAGAACUAAGCUUGUAACAUGAGCUAUUUUCAACAUCCGGCGCAAGAUCUACCACUGCGGCCGAUUUUUUGUAAACGUUCUACUGAUAUUUUUUUGUAUAGAAUGAUGUGUAAUUCUUAGGAUUAUGUUUUGAAAUAGUGUUUGUCAAAGCAAAUUAAAUACAAAUAUGAUCG